AUGUCUGGACCUGUUGGACCUCCCGGCGCGCAGCUCAACGCUGAGCAGGCCGACAACUUCGAGGAUAUCGAGAAGCAGUUUGCUGUCAAGGUCGUCCAGCACAUGGCAACCUACUGGUCCAUUCUGGAGCGCAUGCGCGGCAGCAAGCUGCGCUUGACCAAGAUCGACGACGAGAUCUACGAGCACUUCAAGCAAGAGUUCCCCGACUUCGACCCGGCGGCGACCAUCAUCGAGGACGAGAUGAAGAGCAAAGCAGGCAAGGAGCGCUGGCGCAACUUCAUCAUGGCAUACGAGAAGCGUGUUGACGACUACAACUUCGGCACCAUGCUGCGUGCGAGCCCGAAGUUCGAGUAUGGUGAGAAGGAGACUAUCUUUGCUGUGCGUAUGCAAUUCUACGCUGUUGAGAUUGCCAGGAACCGCGCAGGCCUCAACGACUGGGUCUACGAGAAGACCCACCCCGAAGAAGCCAAGAAGGAGGGCGAGUCUGCUUAA